GGGGUAAUAAGAGCCAUGGCGUUCCUGCAGUGGCGGCGCUUCGCCUUCUUCGACAAAGAGGCGGCGCGGGACCCCGCGGGAGGCGCCGGGGCCUUCGAUGGUCUCGCGGCGCUCAACGUCAGCGUGUGCGCCUGCGGACGCGGGCAGAUGCUCUUCGGGGAUUUCGAAGGGAACAUUCACUUCCUCAAUCGGAAUCUGCAGCUGAGCAGCUUCAAGGCGUACGAACUGCGGGUGUCGCACCUGUACCAGCUGAAGCAGCACAACCUGUUCGUGUCGGUGGGCGAAGACGAGCAAGGAAUCAACCCCAUGGUAAAAGUGUGGAAUAUGGACAAACGUGACAAGACGGGCAUCCCACUGUGUUGCCGCAUCUUCAGAGCCAUCCCCAGCAACAAGCCGACCGAAGUGACUUGCCUCGCCAUCCAUGAGGGCCUCAACUACAUGGGCAUAGGAUUCACGGACGGCAGCGUGGUACUUAUCAAGGGAGAUAUCACACGUGACCGCCACAGCAAGACACAGGUGGUGCAUGAGAGCACGUACCCCAUCACGGGCCUGGCCUUCCGCCAGGUGGGCAAGGUGAUGCACCUCUUCGUGGUGACCACCGACAACGUGCAGUCAUACAUACUCCAGGCAAAGAUUGAGCGGCACGUGCUGGACCCCCACGGAUGUGCCCUGCGCUGCUCCACGCUCAGCGACCUCUCGCAGGACAAUCAGUUCAUCGUGGCGCGCGACGACUGCGUGUACAUGUACCAGCCCGAGGAGCGUGGGCCCUGCUUCGCCUUCGAGGGAGAGAAACGCCUCGUGUGCUGGUUCCGCGGAUACCUGGUCGUCGUCUCCAAGGACUCGAAGUCCAUGCCUAGAUCGUCCGGCAGUGGCUUGGACCGGCAAGCGAUGGACAUGCACAUGGUGACGGUGUACGACUUGGAGAACAAGCUGAUUGCCUACUCGGCACCCUUCCCUCACGUGGUGGACGUGCUGGUGGAGUGGGGCUCCCUCUUUGUAUUAACGGGCGACAACAAGCUGGUUGCCCUGCAUGAGAAGGACACGCAGACCAAGCUGGAGAUGCUGUUUAAGAAAAAUCUGUACGUGCUGGCUAUCAGCGUGGCAAAGACACAACACCUGGACACGGAUGGAUUAGCAGAGAUCUUUCGGCAGUAUGGGGAUCACCUGUACAGCAAGGGAGAUCACGAUGGAGCCAUCCAGCAGUACAUAAGGACCAUUGGCAAGUUGGAGCCGUCGUAUGUCAUUCGCAAGUUCUUAGACGCUCAGCGAAUCCACAACUUAACGGCAUACCUGCAGGCCCUGCAUCGCCAAUCCCGAGCAAACAAGGACCACACCACGUUGUUGCUCAACUGCUAUACCAAGCUCAAGGACAGCUCUAAGCUGGAAGAGUUCAUAAAGACGAGUGAAGUGGCGUUCGACGUCGAGACGGCCAUCAAGGUGCUCCGCCAGGCAGGAUACUAUGACCACGCGCUCUACCUGGCUGAGAAGGACGCACAGCACGAGUGGUACCUCAAGAUCCAGCUCGAAGACAUCAAGGACUGCCACAAAGCUCUGGUGUACAUUGCCAAGCUGCCGUUUGAGCAGGCCGAGAGCAACCUGAAGAAGUACGGCAAGACAUUGGUGCAGUACGCCCCAGUGGAGACGACAGGGCUGCUCAAAGUUCUGUGCACGGGGUACCGGCCGCGAGCUGAUCCCCACAGCGGCGACGGGGAUACCUCUGCCUUUGCGGCAGAAACUGAAAAGGCAAACCCGGAGGAAUUCAUCCACAUAUAUGCCAAUAACCGGGAGCAGCUAAAAGCAUUUUUGGAGCACAUGGCUGAGGUGCAGCCACGAUGUUCGCAGGGUGUCAACGACACCUUGCUGGAGCUUUACCUGUGCGAUUGGAUGCACGAGACUGAUCCACAGAAAAAAAAGAACCUGGAAAAUGCCACAAUGGCUUUGCUGACGAGCGGAGCGUUCAACAGCAACUUCGACAAGGCCCUCAUUAUGUGUCAGAUGAACAACUUCAAGGAUGGCAUUCUGUUCCUCUACGAGAAGGCACAGCUAUAUCAGCAGAUAGUGCGGUUUCACAUGGAGAGCGAUGACUACCAACGUGUAAUCGAAGCGUGCAAGCGCUACAGUGAUCGUGAGAGCUGCCUUUGGGAGCAGGCCCUGGGAUAUUUUGCUCGGAAGGAGGAAAACUGUCGGCCGUUCAUCACGGAGGUGCUACAGCACAUCGACCAAAACAACCUCAUGCCGCCCCUUCUUGUGGUGCAGACCCUGGCUCACAACUCAACAGCCACACUGGCAGUCAUCAAGGACUACAUCAUCCGGCGGCUACAGUCAGAGUGCGAGCAGAUAGCGGAGGAUGAGCAGUACGUGCGUGGGUAUCGAGAGGAAACGGAGAAGAUCCGUGGCCAUAUUGAGGAGCUGCGCACCAGUGCGAAAAUUUUUCAGGUGACAAAGUGCAGCGUGUGCAAGCAUCCGCUGGAGCUACCAUCUGUACACUUCUUGUGCGAGCACGCCUACCACCAGCACUGCUUCGAGGGCUACGCCGAGAGCGAUGCCGAGUGCCCCGCCUGUUUGCCCGAAAACCGCAAGCUGCAGGAGCGCAUUCGCGCUCAAGAGCAUUCACGGGACCUGCACGAGACGUUCCACCACGAGCUGCAGCAUUCAUCGGAUGGCUUCUCCGUCGUGGCCAAAUACUUUGGUCGCGGAGUGUUCAACAAGAUCACGCUGGUGACGGACAGCACGGCAGGGGGCCGGCGCGUACCAGUGGGGGGCGACCCUGUGCUGCAGAGAGAGCUCCUACUCAUGCCACAGACAGGGCGCAUGCUCUGAAUACCCACACAUCACGCAGCGCUUGGUACUUGUGUCAUGGCUGUAGGUUCUACGCAUGAGAAAAAAAAGCUAAUGCUACACAUACAGAAUCUGUACAACUUGGUGUAGAUAUAAAAGGUGCAUUGAACACGGUGAUAUUGUACGGCAUGAUUAAAAGUGUUUUUUGUACAUAGUGUUAAAUGUCAUUCAUUUGCUUCCAAUACUCUAUUUAACAAGUGUGUAAUAAUGUGCAUACUUUAAAAUAUUAAAACGGCUAAUGCAUUAAUAACGUGAAAUGCGUGCAAAUAUCCUGAUGAAUGAUUAAAACGAUCAGCUUGU